AUGUCGUCCUUUACUAUUCAAGUCCUUAACAACAGCAGAAACAACCAAGUCUACUCUCUCUUCUACCGACCCUUCCCGGCUUCUGGAUAUUCACCUCUUGCGUGCGUCACUCAGAAAUCAGCGACGAUUGCAAACAACUAUACCGCCACAUUUACCAUCGACUUGCCGACUGCCGUCGUCUGCGGCACCAGCCCCAAUCAGCCCCUGGGUUCCGGAGUGAACGUCAGCAUCCAAGAGUCGACAGUUAUAACUCCCCCGGAGGUGUCCUUACUUCCCCCGCCCACACAAGAUACGACCGCGGUAGGUAACUGGGCAAGAAUCGUGACACAAAACUAUAACACGAAUCCUGCUGCACACGUGUUUUGCGGCCUGGGGGUCGUCUCCCCGGGCUCAGGACAGAUUGUCCCCAGUUGCGUCUGGGAGGUCCAGCCGAACACGCCCUAUGCCAUCCUUAACCCCCCGCAGCAGCCGGUGUUUUACGUUUCCAGCGAUUCAUCUUUGAAUGUUGGGACGAUCACCGCGGCGACGUCUAAGGAUGCGACUGUUGAUUUCACGGACACGGGAGAUAAUUUUUGUAUGGUCACGCAGAUGAGCGAUGAUACUUUUAAAGUGGCUCCUACAUCUGAUGUUAAGUCAUAG